AUGCUAUUUUUCUCUUCUGUUUUCUCUUCACUUUUUCCUUCUCUUUUCUGUUUCCUUCAUCUUACUCUCUAUUUAAUUCUUUUUUCCUCCUCUUCUCUGUUCCAUGCUUUUUUCUACCUUCUGUUUCCUUUCCCUUCCACCUCCUCUUCUUUUCUCUUUUCUUUCUCUACUUUUUCCACCUUCUCCUGUUUCCUUUCGCUUCCUGUUUCCUUUCUCCACCUCCUCCUCCUGUUUCCUUUCUCCACCUCCUCCUCCUGUUUCCUUUCUCCACCUCCUCCUCCUGUUUCCUUUCUCCACCUUCUCCUCCUGUUUCCUUUCUCUACUUUCUCUACCUUCUACACUUCCUUCUUCUCUUGUUUCUUUCCCCUCCUUCUUCUCUUGUUUCUUUUCUCCUCCUCCUCCUCCUCUUGUUUCUUUUCUCCUCCUUCUUCUCUUGUUUCUUUUCCCCUCCUUCUUCUCUCAUUUCUUUUCUCCUCCUUCUCUCUUGUUUCUUUUCCCUUCCUCCUCCUCUUGUUUCUUUUCUCUUCCUUCACUUCUCUUUCUUUUCUAUUUCCUUCCUCUAACUCUUCUUUUUCUCCUCCUCCACUUCCUUUCACUAAUUCCUCUUCUUCCUUUUUAUUUUCUUUCUCUUCCUCCUCCUUCUCCUUUCUUUUAAUCUUCCUCCUCCUCCUUUCCAUUUUCUUUCUUUUCCUCAUCCUCCUUCUUUCCAGUUCCUUUCUCUACCACCUUUCCUUCCUUUCUUCUUUCCCACCUGUUUCCUUCUUUUUUUUUCUCAUCCUUUCUGCUUCCUUUUUUCUUUUUCUUUCUUUUCCUUUUCCCUUCUUGGAUAAUUCUCUGUCUCUGUUCUUUUCUUUCUUUCUUUUUUUUUCUUUCUUUCUUUCUUUCUUUCUUUCUUCUUUCUCUCUAUCCCUCUUUUCCCUCCUCCCUUCCCUUUUUGUUUCUUUCUCUCUCUCUAUUUUCUUUCUAAAACUAAUGAUAGUUUGGAGAAAGUAA